UCCUGCCAACACCCAAGAGCCGAAGCCGGAGGCUGGCUAUAAAUCCUCAACAUGAGGCCAGCCAGGGCUCCCAGCUCCUGAGCACUGAAGAAUGACUUUUCGCUGGGCCGUGUGGCUGCUGCCCUUGGCAGCGUGGAGCAUGGGCUUUGGUGAAGCCUUCAGGUGUUAUACAUGUGAGCAGCCCACGGCCAUUAACUCAUGCAAGAAUAUUGCUCAGUGCAAGCUGGAAGACACAGCCUGUAAGACCGUACUGGAGACGGUGGAAGCGGAGUUCCCCUUCCACCACAGUCCAGUGGUGACCCGCUCCUGCUCCAGUUCCUGCCUGGCCACCGACCCUGAUAGCAUUGGAGUUGCCCAUCCUGUCUUCUGUUGCUUCCGUGACCUCUGCAAUUCAGGGUUUCCAGGCUUGGUGACAGGCCUCUAGCCAUGCAGGGGGCCUUGUUCCUCCUGUAUCCACUCUCCUGGCAGGGCCUGGUGCCACCUGCGGUUAGCUCUGCCUGCACGGCCCUGUGAGCAGAGCUUACUGAGCCCCAGGGUACUCACUGUCUACAAAACUUGUGGGAAAUAAAAUAAGCUAAGGAUGA